GGUUCGUUUUUCAUUCGGUACCUUUCAGUCAGUACGGAACAAAUAUUCAUACAAUCUUUUCGAGAUCUUUUAUAAGUUUUGUAAAUUCAUUUGUACUAACUUACAUCAUUUCGCCAUGCCUUCCGUCGAGUGGGUCUGUGGUUUGCUCUACUACGUUAUGCGCACCUACAUAAAGGUAUUCGUAUCCAGUUGCGAAGCACACUUCCCUAUCGAUAUCCUUGACAAGAUUGUGUAUUUGAUAGAUUUCGCCGAAGUUUCCAUGAAGAUAAUGCGCCGGCCAAGAAAUUACACGAAUCCGACUGAGCGCCAAGCGAGACGCCUUCAAUUCUACAAUUUCCUUUUAAAGUUAAGAUUUUUGGCACAGGUGAUCUACACCUUGGUAGCCGUGGUAAUUGGGACACUUAAAACAUAAAAAUUUAUUUAAUAUGUUCCAAAAAAUUCUAUACAUACUCAUUGAAAUAUUUUUUUUUUUUUUUUUUUUUGACCAUUCUAAGCUUUCUGUAAUCCAUGUAAAAUAGCGUACAAAACGGGACAGGGCUGCGACCCGCGCUGAUUGUUUGGACUGCGAUGUGCUGUAUUACUUGGCUGCCGUGGCUCCUUGAGGGACUGAUCAACUAUUUGUUUAAAUGAUGGACGCCAUGGCGUUAGACAUAUAUUUUUCAAAAUUUUCCCUAACAUGUAGCUAUUCCUGAAAUGUAGCAAAUAAAGCACUGUUCUGCUUCGUACAUUCUC